AGGAAGCUGCUUGAGAGAGCAAAGAAGAUACCAAACCCUCUUCUUCCCCUAUCCACCUUCCUCCUAUGAUCCUAUCCUAUCCUACCCUAGCUAGCUAUCUGCUCUAGCUCCCGUUCCCCAGCCUCCCCUUAAUGCCACUCCUCGCCUCGCCUCGCCGUGCGCCGCCGCCAUCUCCCAUUCGCGAGCAACCGGGAGAUCGCUCAUGGCGGACGACGGGCAGCAGCCGAUGCCGCCGGCCGGCCGGCGCAGUAGUUCCGGUCAGCCCCAGGGGGAGCAUGGCCGUAGGGCGUGGCGUGAGCCGCGGAUCAGGCCGGAGAAGGAGCACAGGAGCUCCGGCGUGGCGUGGGCGCUGGUGAUCCUGUGCACGGUGCUGGCGAUCGCGGUGAUCGUGGCCGGCGCGACGGUGUUCGCCGUGUACCUCAUCUACAAGCCGAGGAUGCCGUACCUGCUGGUCUCCGACGCGCAGCUGGUGCAGCUGGAGUACGACCAGGCCGGCACCAUCGCCUACCUGGAGGUGCUCAUCACCGUGCAGGCGAGGAACACCAACUCCAGGGCCGACGCCUCCUUCUCCCGCGUCGACCUCGCCCUCCGCUUCCACGGCGCCGACGUCGCGCGCCUCCGCGCCGCGCCGUUCCUGGUGGCGCGCGCCAGCGCCGCGCCGCUGCGGUACGACGUGGUGUCGAGGGGGCGGACGCUGGACGCCGACGGGAUGCGGGUCAUGGACGCGUCGCUCAAGUCCGGCGUCGUGCCGCUCGACCUCCUCGGCCGCGCCCGCACGCGGUGGGGGGUCGGCAUCUUCGCCUCCCUCAAGUUCUGGACCCGCAUCUCCUGCCGCCUCCACUUCUUCUACCCCGGCAACGGCACCGUCAUGGACUCCGAUCGCAACACCUGCACCUCCAGGUCGCCAUGACAAGAACCGUUCGCCAUUGAUUCGUUCGUUCGUUCGACACCAUCUGCAGACACGUUCUUCCACAUUCCAUUACACCAUUACGCCAUACUUGUACAGCCAAAUAAUGCUCCUAUACAUACAAGAAUCUCUGCAGCUGCAAGAACAACAACAACAACAAGAAGAAGAGGUCAUUCAAAAUUUAGCGCGAAGCAAUCACAUUUGUAUUUGUAAUUCAUUUUUUCGAUCAGUCCCCUGCUUGUACCACAAAAUUAAGUCGGUCCUAAUUACUAAACAGUGUCCAUUCCAAUUCUUUUUCAGUUCAUGAGUUCAUGUCUUGUCAGGAAUCAGAAUCAAUCGAACCGUCACCUACGUAAUCUCUUCGGUCAGUGUAACUGCAA